GCGCAGUGAGAGGGGCCGCAGGAGCCUGGGCAGGAGCUAUGGGGCUGGAGGCGGCGCGCGAGCUGGACUGCGCGGCGCUGGGCGCGCUGCUGCGGGAGCCGCGGGAGGCCGAGCGCACACUGCUGCUCGACUGCCGCCCCUUCCUGGCCUUCUGCCGGCGCCACGUGCGCCACGCGCGGCCAGUGCCCUGGAACGCGCUGCUGCGGCGCCGCGCGCGCGGCCCGCCCGCCGCCGCCCUCGCCUACCUGCUGCCCGACCGCGCGCUCCGGGCGCGCCUGGCCCGCGGGGAGCUGGCCCGGGCCGUGGUGCUGGACGAGGGCAGCGCCUCGGUGGCCGAGCUCCCCCCCGACGGCCCGGCACACGCGCUGCUCGCCGCGCUGCUGCCCGAAACCCGCGCGGGGCCCACGGCCGUGUGCUUCCUGCGAGGCGGCUUCGAUGGCUUCCAGGCCUGCUGUCCCGAUCUGUGCUCCGAGUCCCCCGCCCCGGCCAUGUCGUCUGCUGGGGGCGAGAACAGCCGCUCUGACCCCAGGGCUCCCUUCUACGACCAGGGCGGCCCUGUGGAGAUCUUGCCCUACCUGUUCCUGGGCAGCUGCAGCCACUCCUCCGACCUGCGGGGGCUGCAGGCUUGUGGCAUCACGGCGGUCCUCAACGUCUCCCGCUGCCCCAACCACUUUGAGAGCCUUUUCCGCUACAAGAGCAUCCCGGUGGAGGACAACCAGAUGGUGGAGAUCAGUGCCUGGUUCCAGGAGGCCAUAAGCUUCAUUGACUCGGUGAAGAACAGUGGAGGCCGGGUACUGGUUCACUGCCAGGCGGGCAUCUCGCGCUCUGCAACCAUCUGCCUGGCUUACCUGAUACAGAGCCGCCGCGUGAGGCUGGACGAGGCCUUCGACUUUGUUAAGCAACGCCGGGGAGUCAUCUCCCCCAACUUCAGUUUCAUGGGGCAGCUGCUACAGUUUGAGACUCAGGUGCUGUGUCACUGAGGCAGGACCCCACCAGGCUGCCCCCC